AUGAUUCUAACUCGCAAAGCCCAUGCUCGCCAAGAGGAGUCAAAACUCAACCUGGCUUUGAGCGAACUAAAGGCUUCAAAGGAGUUGUGUGAUCAACUGUUGAGGGAGAGAGAUGACAAUGAGAAGGAAUUCUUAGACGUUUUAAAUUGUAAUAAGAAACUGAAAUGUGAAAUGGCUCAGUUACAUACUCAACACACUGAAGCCAUUGAGGCUCGGGAUAGGCUCCAAUUUGUUGUGGACGGAUUCAGUCAGUGUAGCAGUGAGUACGAACAAAAUUUAAAUGACAAAGCUCUUCUAGAACAUCAGCUACAUGAGGCCAAUAAUCAAAUUAGCCACCUUGAAAUGAUUAACCACAACAUCACGGCCAGUCUGAAUAACAGUCUAUUCAGCGAAUUGGUGUCAGCCCGUGCUUCUCAAUCACAACAUAUAGACAUGAAUCCAUUGACUAUAGACUUAACUUGUGAAAGUGAUUCAUGUCAUUCCUCAAGAACUCUUUGUUACAGUAACAAAAAACUAAAGAAGUAUAUUAAAAUAAAUAAAUUCAUAACAAAGACUAACAGAUUGGUGAAAAGACAAAAGUUUUUCAUAAAAAAUGUAAAAUUAAACAAAGAACGGUUCCGGCUUUUAAAUCAACUAAAUAUUUAUUCUAACAAAUUAAAUCAAAGGAAUAGGAAAUAUGAAACUGACACACAGAACUUACAACUAGAAAUAGACCACUUAACAGCCAAGUUGCACACAAUGACCAACAAAUACAGUGCAUCAGAAAAACAAAUGAGGGAAUACAUGUUGGCUAUGGAUGAGUUAGUGCGGUCACAGUCACAGGAAAACCCAUGUGAAAAAUGUGAUUCUAGUAAUGUGCUGCCUGCUUGUACUGUGCCAACGUGUGAUACCACCUUGCCUCAUGGUGCCAGUUUAGUGUUUCCUACCCAAUGUAACAGUAAUAAUAGUUGUAAUAACAGUGUUGUAAUCUUCAGUGAUGAGAUUGGAAAGAACUUAGGGUCUUUAUUAACAAAUAGUUACCCAGGACAAACAAUAAUAAAUCACUGUAUGCCCGGCUGUACUUUUACUAAAAUUUCUGAGAAAAUUAUUAAUUACAAUUUUGACAAAGAUUCUACCCUCAUUAUUAUUUGUGGUAAUAGAGGUAGUUUAAAUAAAAAUAGUUUAUCCAAAUUUCAUAGUUCAAUUACAGAACUUAAAUUAAAGCAGAUAAUUUUGUUUACAUUGCCUUACAGUAAUAGCUUGCCACAGGAAGAAAACAACCUUAGAUAUAAACUUAAUAUUGCAAUGUAUCAGUUAUGCAAUAAUUCAAAUAUUAAUAUUAAUAUUAUUGAUACCAACAAUUACGUUGGUAAAAAUGUAUAUAUGACGAAAGAUAGGUACUAUCUUUCUCGUUAUUAUUUAAGACGAAUAGCAGUGUCGCUAUCAUAUUUUAUUAAAAUAACAGCCAAGAACUUGGCUAAACAGGUUGCUCCUAUUGAGCAACCUUCUAGUAUUGACUUUAAUAAUGUAACAUUAAAUGUUGAUAUCUGUAAUAAUUUAAAUUAAAACGCAAGACAAUGGAGACAUCCUCUUGCAUAUUUAACAGUAAUAUCAAUCUGGUACACCAAAAUAUUCAAGGAUUUAUGAGUAAAGAAUUAGAAAUAGAAUUAUUUUUAAACUGUAAUAAUGUUGAUAUUUUGUGUAUUACUGAGCAUUGGCUGAAAUCACAUCAGCUAAUGUUCAAUUUUGGUAAUCAUCAGAUUGGUAGCUCGUUCAGCAGGGAGAACGCUAUACAUGGUGGUUCACUAAUUUUACUAAAUAAUAAACUUAAAUUUAAAGAACGCAAGGAUAUAGUUAGUUACUCUGUUGAACGUACUGUUGAAAUAGCCUGUGUGGAAUUAGAGCGGUUUAUUGUUUUAAGUGUGUAUAGACCACCUACUGGUUUGUAUGACUGUUUUGAAACAGUAUUAGAUGAAGUGUUAAAUAAACUCAGUAGUUCAAAUAAAUUCAUUAUUACUUGUGGCGAUUUUAAUGUAAAUUUGUUAGAAAAUUCUAGUUUAAGUACAAAAAUUGUAAGUUUAUUUGCCUCAUUUAACCUCACGAACCUGUUUCUGGAGCCCACUAGGAUAACUCCUACUAGUGCCACUUGCCUAGAUAAUAUUUAUACUGAUAUUGUACCAACUAAUAAACAAAUUAUAUCAUUGCUUGAUUCAGAUCAUUGUGGACAAUUAAUUUCAAUAACAAAUAAAGUAAAUAAAGUGUCGAAACCACAUAUUAUUGUUAACCCAAAGACUGAAAGACGCAUUGAAACUUUCAAAUCUAAACUCACUGACAAAAUACCUUUAUUAUUAAGGAAUAAAAAUUCUAAUAACUUGUGUGAUGAAUUUUUUAACAUUUACCAUACCGAGUUUAAGUCCACCUUCACACCUAAAACCAUACCAGCUCAUGGCAAUGCGUCUUUCAAUCAAUGGGCAACUACUGGUAUCUAUAAGAGUAGGAAACGCCUAUAUGAGCUUUAUAACGAGAGGACAUAUAUUAAUACAACUGAAUUUAGUGAAUAUGUAAAGAAAUAUUCUAAAUUAUUUAAAAAAGUUUGCUCAAUUGCAAAAUCGUUAUACUUGAGCUCUAAAAUAAAAAACAGUGACAAUGUAAUUAAAGCGACCUGGAGUAUUAUUAACAGUGAAACAGGGAGGUCUAAAGAGAAGAGUAGUGAAUUUAGUCUUAUAAUUGAUAAUAAUGUAAUUAAAUCGGAUGCAGAAGUCGCAGCUGCAUUUGAAAACUUCUUUUCGGACGUUCCUGUAUCCACUACUAAGUCUUUGAACUCAUCUCCCACAGUUGCAGAAUCUUUACUAAAAGAAAAUGUUGCAGCUUGCAAUUUAGGCUUCUCUUUCGAACACAUAGAUUAUACAGAUAUUGUCAAAACGUUCCAUACCUUGAACAAGAAAAAGACUGCAGAUCUGUGGGGUAAUUCUGUGUACAUUACCGGCUCUGUAAUAGAUAUUGUAGCACCCGUAUUAGCUCUAAUCUUUAAUAACUGUGUCGAUCGUGGUGUGUUUCCUGAUCUCAUGAAGAAUAGUAAAAUAACUCCGUUAUUUAAAUCGGGUAGUACUUCUGACCCCACUAACUUUAGACCUAUUUCAGUACUACCUACAUUCAGUAAAAUUUUUGAAAAAAUUAUUCUAUAUCAGUUGCAAAGAUUCUUUAAUAGAAAUAAAUUAUUACAUGGAAACCAGUUUGGUUUUACAAGGGGUCGUUCAACAACUGAUGCCGGUGUUGAACUUCUUAAUAACAUUUAUGAUGCAUGGGAGGACUCGGCCGACGCAUUGGGUAUUUUUGUGACUUAUCCAAGGCGUUCGAUUGUGUCUCUCAUGAAACACUGAUCAGGAAGCUAUCCCAUUAUGGAAUACGGGGCAGCUCUCUGGAUCUUCUUAUUUCAUACUUGAGUGAUAGGAUUCAGAGAGUCGACAUUAACGGAAAAGUUUCCUCCGGGUCUAUUGUUAGGAUGGGUGUUCCGCAGGGGUCAAUUCUCGGCCCGUUUCUCUUUCUUAUUUAUAUUAAUGAUUUACCUUACCUUGUGAAGGAUAACCAUGGGAUAGUACUGUUUGCUGAUGAUACAUCUUUAUUGUUUAAACUCAAACGUGGACAAUUAGUCAGUGAUCAUGUAAAUAGUGCUCUCUCAAAAAUAGUACGCUGGUUUAGUGCCAAUAAUUUAUUACUUAAUGAAUCAAAAACUAAAUGCAUUAAAUUCACAACACCAAAUGUUAGACAUGUGAAAACCAGCGUGCUAAUCAAGGGCGAGGAGUUGGACCCUGUAGAUUCAACUGUCUUUUUAGGUAUAACUCUGGACGCUAAGCUACAGUGGGCUCCACACGUAGAUAAGUUGUCGAAAAGACUCAGCUCUGCAGCAUAUGCCGUUAAAAAAAUUAGAAAUUUGACCGAUGUAAAUACAGCGCGAUUAGUAUACUUUAGUUAUUUUCAUAGUAUCAUGUCAUAUGGUAUCCUCCUGUGGGGAAAUGCUACUGACAUUCAGUCUGUCUUUGUGCUGCAGAAAAGAGCCAUUCGAUCAAUUUAUAAUCUUAGUCCGAGGCACUCUCUUAGGGAACUAUUUAAAGAAAUUAAUAUAUUGACUGUUCCUUCUCAAUACAUUUAUGAAAAUGUAGUGUAUGCUCACAAAAACAUUAAUUUAUUCAAAAAGUAUUGUGAUAUACAUAAUAUAAACACUAGAAGUAAAAACAAAUAUAUUGUUCCCACUACUAGACUUAAGAAAAUAAGUGGUUCAUUCAGAUGUCAAUGCAUACGCUUUUACAAUAAAAUUCCCAGCGAUAUUCAAAGUUUGAGCCUGAAUAAAUUUAAAAAUGUUAUUAAAGAAAAACUGUAUAGUAAAGCUUUUUAUAAAAUUAAAGACUACUUAGAUGAUAGUCAGGCUUGGGAGUGAGCCGCUAUAAUGUCCACACAGGUCAUGUUGACAUGUUUGUAACACAAGUUACAUUUUUAUACAAUUUGACAUGAUAUACAUUAAUAUCAUUCGAUAUUUUUUUUGUUUUCACAUAUUAUUUUUAAAAUUGUUAGUUUGAGGACCGUGCGAGAGUUUGCCUAGUCAUUUCACUUUUAGUUAAUUAUAUUCUGACAGUGUGAGCAUUUGUGAGACCUACCCAAAUGUUCUUUUGGUAGGUAUUGUUCGUCGGAUCAUUCAGCAACAGCCGUCAGCUGAGCUCAUUGUAAACUGACACAUGCGUGCUGCCAUCUGAACAGGUCCGCUCAAACUGCUGUGGUUCUUUCCUCAAAAGACCACUACAGAAUAAACUUGCACGGUUCUCCGACAUCUUUAAUUGAUUUUGUCUGGACUUUAAAAGAGACUAUGACCUCUGAGUUUGUUUCGGCAUUUCUUCUCAGAGUAGUCGGAUAGGAAAUGCCGGCCUCAUCUAGCUAUUUGAAAUAUUGACGUGUAAAAGUGUUAUUUUAUAAUCUAUUUACAGAAAUAAAUAUCAUUUAUCAUUUA